AUGUCACUUCCCGCCUCCUCUUCCGCCCCCUCUUCCCCCUCGCCCCCUACUUCCGCCUCUUCCGCCCCUCUCCCUCCCCCUCCCCCCCAUCUUUUCCUCUCUCACCUCCGCUCCGCCGCUCUUGCGCCCUGCGUGCUCCUCCCCGCCGCCCCUGCUCCCCCUGGUCAGGGGGAAAGGGGGGAGGGGCGAGGCGGAGGGGAGGAAGGGGGGAACGCGGGGGCAGAGAGGGAGGCGCAAGGGUCGGGGGCAGCGCAGGUUCGGGUGGUGGCUGGGCGGUUCAGGGACUCCUUAUGUCAUUCCGCGAGUCCUUAUUUCUUUAAUCCCCACUGUCACUAUCGUCCCUCACUCCCACACAUCACUCCGCCCCUCGCUUACAACUUCCUCUCUCUGACACUUUCUCUCCUUCUUUUCCUUCCUGUCAUCUGCACUCUCUCUCCCUCUUUUCCUUCCUGUCAUUUGCACUCUCUCUCCCUCUUUUCCUUCGUGUCAUUUGCACUCUCUCUCCCUCUUUUCCUUCGUGUCAUUUGCACCCUCUCUCCCUCUUUUCCUUCGUGUCAUUUGCACUCUUUCUCCCUCUUUUCCUUCGUGUCAUUUGCACUCUCUCUCCCUCUUUUCCUUCGUGUCAUUUGCACCCUCUCUCCCUCUUUUCCUUCGUGUCAUUUGCACUCUUUCUCCCUCUUUUCCUUCGUGCCAUUGGCACUCUCUCUCCCUCUUUUCCUUCGUGUCAUUUGCACCCUCUCUCCCUCUUUUCCUUCGUGUCAUUUGUACUCUCUCUCCCUCUUUUCCUUCGUGUCAUUUGCACUCUCUCUCCCUCUUUUCCUUCGUGUCAUUUGCACUCUCUCUUCGUGUCAUCUGCACUCUCUCGCUCACCGAACUCUUGCCCUUCAAUCGAACGGACAGCUGUCAACAUCCCAUUGGUCCCCCUUACCCCCUACUAAUCCCUCCAAUCCUCCUCCCCGCCUUACCCCCUCCCCUCCCCCUCCCCCCUCCCCGCCUUCCCCCCCCACCCCCACCAUCCCCCAGCUCAUGCUGCACGUGUACAUGCGGCCAGGGACAGCUGUCAACAUCCCAUUGGCCCGCACUCAGUCCGCCCUCAUAUACGUGCUCGAGGGCGUGGCGAUGUUUGGUCCGAGAGGAGAGGCCGUGUUUCAAAACGAGGGUCACUCCCUGCUUUUCCCUGCAGCACCAUGUGCCACGUCAGCUGCCACGUCAGAUGCCGCGUCAGACAUGGUUAAGGAAAGAGAUUCCGCAGUGGGUGGCGCAGCAGGCAUGGGAGCAGGGGGGAAAGAGGAGGAUUGGAUUCGGGUGGAGUCGCACAGUUGGGGAGGAGUGGAGUUUGUGCUGGUAGCUGGCCAAAGUUAG